AUGGCAAGCCAAACACAAAAGUCGGAGGCUCUAUCCCGCGGUGAUUCACUUCCCAGGUCGCAAGAGGCAUACGAGGUUGAGGGUAGUUUUGAGAGGGAUCUUGACGUUACUCAAGAUGAUUUACUUGAAGCAAGGGAGAUGGCAGCAACAUUGUCUCUUGAAGAUGUGCACAAAACGAUGAGCAAGGUAUACAAGCUUCACAAGAGAGACCCCAACUUUCCUCUCUCAGUUAUUCAAAAGAUUGAACAUUUUCUAAACCAGGAUGACAUCUUGAAACAUCCUGAGCGACAUAAGGCACUCAUACAAGAGAUAAAGAUCGAGGCAGCGUUGAUUACGCACAACUCACCAUACGCUGAAGUCCGUGCCGUGGUCGACAACCACGAUGACCCAAGCAUGCCCUGCUCCACGAUACGCGCCUGGGUCAUAGGUAUCAUCUUCUCCUGCGCUGUCUCUUUUAUCAACAGCUUCUUUGAGAUCCGCCAACCCAUGAUCGGCGUCGGUCUUGCGGUGCCGCAACUCCUAGCAUACCCUUUUGGAAAGUUCCUCGAGAAGACUCUGCCCGAUAUUGGUUUCACUCUCUUCGGUGUGAGGCAUAGUCUCAAUCCUGGGAAGUUCACCAAGAAGGAACAUAUGCUGAUUACUAUCAUGUCGAGUAUCUCGAUGGGAGCGCCUUAUACGAAUUACAUUAUCUGGAUUCAGUAUCUUCCGCAAUACUUUAACCAACCCUAUGCAAUGAACAUGGGAUAUCAGAUCCUGCUUGGUCUUUCUUCCAAGUUUAUCGGCUAUGGACUUGCUGGGAUUUGCAGACGCUUCCUCGUCUACCCUUCAUACUGCCUAUGGCCCACAACAUUGGUCUGCAUAGCUCUCAACACAGCACUCCACGACGAAGGAGAUGUCCCUGUGCUUGGACCCUUCAAGAAGAUCUGGGAUAUAUCUCGCUUUAGGUUGUUCAGCCUAGCAUUUGGCGCAAUGUUUGCUUACUUCUGGCUACCGAAUUAUCUCUUUGCCGGUCUAAGUUGGUUCAGCUGGAUGACUUGGGUAUCCCCCAACAACCGCGACUUGGCCAACGUCACGGGCGGACAUACUGGCCUGGGACUCAACCCCCUCCCAACGUUUGACUGGAACAUAGUUACACUGGGCUGCGAUCCUCUCAUGGUGCCCUUCUUUACAACCUUCAAUCUAUUCUGCGGCGCGUUGCUAACAUGCUUCGUCAUAUUGGGCGUUUACUACGGGAAUGGCUACCAUACUGCUUAUCUCCCUAUCAACUCGAAUCGGGUGUUUGAUCACUUUGGGGGGCUGUAUAAUGUAUCUGCCAUUAUUGAUGAGCGUGGUAUAUUUGAUGCUAAAAAGUAUGAAGCAUACUCGCCUGCGUUUCUGUCAGCUGCGCAUAUAAGCUCGUACAUGUUUUUGUUCUCUCUUUAUACAGCUGCUUUUACCUAUGGUGUGCUAUAUCACCACCGAACAAUCGCCAUUGGGUUCAAGGGGUUGGUCAACAGUUUCCGCCCGUCAAAGAAGGAUGAGGUCGAGGAUGGGCAAGUGUCGGAUGCGCAUAAUCGUCUCAUGAAGACAUAUCGCGAAGUCCCCGAGUGGUGGUAUCUCGUCUGUCUCGCGAUAGCCUUUAUAGUAGGCAUCGUCGGCGUUUCUCAAUGGCCGACACAUACCACACCAGCAGUCGUCCCUUUUGGUGUCAUCUUGAGUCUGAUAUUUGUCGUCCCAGUUGGUAUUAUAUCAGCCACCACAGGGAUCGGCGUUUCACUCAACGUACUUUCCGAGUUUCUCGGCGGCGCCUUUGUCGAGGGAAACGCCAUUGCCAUGUGUUUCUUCAAAGCCUUUGGAUACAGCACUUGUGCUCAAGCAGUCUACUUCAGCGCAGACCUGAAACUGGCACACUAUCUAAAGAUACCACCUCGGUUCACUUUUUGGGCACAGAUGGUCCCAACGCUUGUAUCGACACUUAUAUCUGUUGGUGUUUUGCAGUAUCAGAUACGCCUAGAAGGUGUGUGUACACAGGAUGCUCCGUACCGCUUCAUGUGUCCUGGUCUGAACAACUUCUUUGCUGCUGCUGUGCUUUGGGGGACUAUUGGACCCAAAAAGCUGUUUGGCCCCGGGGGUCAAUAUGUCGAGGCCUUGGUAGGCUUUCCGGUUGGAGUGGUCGUCGUUCUUCUUUUUUGGUGGCUUGGGAAGAGGUACCCAAACAUCAAGUUUAUACGAAGCAUCCACCCAGUUGUUUUUCUUGCGGGAGGUAUGCUUUGGGCACCGUAUAACCUUAGUUACAUCUGGCCUGCUGUGCCGAUUGGUUGGCUUUCCUGGAUUUAUAUCAAGAAGCGAUAUCUCGCAUUCUGGGCAAAGUACAAUUAUAUCCUCUCUGCCGCUUUCUCGGUAGGUAUCGCCAUAUCGGCGCUGGUUAUCUUCUUUGCUUUGCAAUAUCACGAUAUCAACCUUGACUGGUGGGGUAACAAGGUGCCAUACGAGGGGUGUGAUGGGACCCAGUCUUGCUUUCUCAAGACCCUCGCUGAGAAUGAGUAUUUUGGUCCUCGGAUAGGAGACUUCAGUUAA